CCGCCGCAGCCGCCGAGCCCGGCCGGCGCCGCCCCCUCGGGCCCGGCCGGGAGCAUGGGGCUGAGGAUGCAGGGCGGCAGCAGGCGGAGCCAAGUUAAGAUGAAUGAAUGCUCAGGUCUUGUCAUUCCCAGAUGUGGUCCAGCAAGUCCAUUUAAAGGACACUUAAGUAAUAAAAGUAAUGCUUUCUGCAUUUGCUCCUCUCGAAAUCUAGCUAGCCAAUACCUGAUCAGAGAUCACAUGGUGGUUCAUUAUAACAGAGUUCUUGCAGCCAAAGCAGCUGUAGACACUUCAUUGCCCAAAAGUAGGUUGGCCAGCAUCAAACUUGCUGACCAGCAAAGAAGAGAGAAACUGAAAAAGAAGAUAGCCAGGUGUAGAGAGAAGUUAACUGUGUGUGAAGCUGGCUCUCCAUCCCAUCCAAGAGACAGAGGAAAGGCUCAGCCAUCCUCUUCUAGAAAGAGUGCCUUGGAAGCAGAAGAUGGUGUCUCAGCCUCUGCUGGGCAGGCACAGUACCUCUCAGGAGCAGCAUCUUCUCACGGCGAGGAGUGCGCGGUUCACUCCGGCGCAGGGAAGUGCGCCAGGAAGCGCUCUCGGCACGCAGCCGGGGGCUCGUACUCCUGCCUGUGCGUGUCACGGGCCGGCCGGCGCUCCGUGCUGCCCCGCAGCCACUCCAUCGAGAGCUUUGUCAGCGUUGUUGGCUGUUCCCAGAGCUGCCAUGGAAACCACCUCCAGGCCAGCGGCGGGGACCUUCUAGAGCGGCACUCGGAGUGCUUCACCAAGAGCCGGAAGCCUUUCACUCCACGCACAUUAAUAUCGGAUGCUAAACCUUUCCUGUCAGACUACAGGUUUUACACUCCUGCUCAAAGGAGGAGGAGAUGUCACCACCACCACAGAUCAUACCUUGUGGAAGCUCAAACACAGACUGAUAUGACCAGCUUUCCACCUGAAGACAAAAUGCCUGUGAGAAAAGUUGUGAGUGAAAAGCAGAAGGUCAAGUACAAGGCUGAAGAUAAAAGAUAUACUUUGGAUGAGCCUGAGAGAGGAGUAGAUAAAAGAUAUACCUUGGAUGAGCCUGAGAGAGGAGUAGAUAAAAGAUAUACUUUGGAUGAGCCUGAGAGAGGAGUAGAUGAUUUUCAACUCUCCAUCCCAAGAGAGACAUCAUGGUGUCCUCAGAAGUCUUCAUCUUCACCAGAGAGAACUGACGAUGCUGAAGAAGAGGAGCUUUUGUAUUUAACUUUCAUUGAGGAAGUAACAAAUGAAAUUCUUCAAUUUGGCAUAUUUUCUAACAGGGUUCUGGAUCAACUAUUUAAGUUCCAUAUAGAAGAAAAUAAGAACCGCCUUGAUGAGGGCAAAAUGCGCCAGAUGUUGGAAGUGCUGAAAUCAGACCUUGGCUGCGACCAGGACAGUGACACAGAGCAAAUCCAUGCAGAUCAGGAGGCCUCGGGCCCACUGGAGCAGCACAAGUGUGGUACAACAGAAGAGCCUGAGUUUGACAGUAAAGGUCACAGGCUGAGGAAAGCUACAAAAAAUGAAGAAUUCCUUGAGAGCAGGGACUUGUCAUCAACGAAACCACACCAUUGUCGAUCAGUGUCCUGGAGCAAAAGGACAAGGGAGACGCAGGGCAAGGAGGACUUCUCAGAAGAUACCACUGAAGUGAUGGGUGCUGGGAAAGAGUCUGAUUUCUGUGGUGUGGUGUUUGAAGAACACCCAGACACUUCACCCACCUGUGAGGCAGCUUCAAAUUGCUUUGGUUGUUGCAGUGAUUAUGACACCAAUAAGGAGCUUGAUGAACUUGAUGGAAACUUUGCAGAGGCCCUUCACAUUUCACCUAAGUAUUCAUAACUGUACCCAAAACUUACCUGUUAAACAGAGAUAGAGCUCCUUCUGUGGUGAACUGCCAUUUGUCAACCAAUAGUAAAUUGUUAGGUUUAUUUUCAGUUAUUUCUGUUUAAAUACUGGUACGAUCUCUGUAGCAGGAUACUAUUAAUUGGGCAUUAAUCUCUGUGUAAAUUAGAUCUUAAAGGAUAAAGGGUCAGUUAAGGGUCAGUUAUCAGAAGAAUUUUUUGUAUUUUGCCCAUAAUUGUAUAACUCAAAACAAACUUGAGAAUAUUAAAACUAGAUUUAUAUUUUUAGAGCUGUAAUAAUAAGUUAUGAAAUAUUUAUUGAUUUAAAUAAAUUAAUUGAUAGCGCAUUUAUGAUCCUGCUAUAAAGAUCUGAGAUGUUCUAGUCUGCAAGAAUUCAACAACUUAACAUAAUCUUAACAUCAAACUAUGUCCUCUUCUGGAAUGGACAAGCAGUUCCACCAUGCAGUGUGCUUUGUUACCAUUUGCAGAAGCCCAUCAAUGAAAAAUCAAACUAUUUAACAAGAAGAAAAUCCAAAUUUUAACAGAUCUAUGUAGAUUAAUGGCUGCAGUUUUUUAUUUUUAGUUCUUUACUAAAUGCAACUGCUAAGUUCAAUUUCUUGCACUGAUGACAGCCAUGGCAUAGCAUUCUGCAUCAAGCUCUGGUUUUGGAAAAUGAUUGAAUUGCUUACUGUUUGUUGACUAGAACUGUGUAGAAGAAAACACAUCAGGCACCUCAUACAGCAAAUGGAAAAUAGGUGGUGUAUUUUCUGGUUUAAGUUUAAAUUGAAGUUAGUGCAUGCAUUGCACGAAAUCAACCCAAAUGUCAUUGUUUAAUCAGAGUACAGCUAUUACCUGACAUUCCUGUUGCUGCAGAAUGAGUUUAACAGGUUCUGAGGAAAUGCUGACAAGUUACAUUGUCUUGUUGUAGGUGAGGAACUAGGAGAAGUCUUAGGAACCUGGAUUAAGCCUGUCCUCUGAUAUCUCCUAGGGUCAGUUUCUAACCUCCUUCCUCCAAAAACAAGCCCAAGCUGUGCCAGUCCUUACAUAACAACUGCCACCACCUGCCUCCCCUGUGCCUUGACCAAAGUCUGUGACUCCAUCAGCCAGAUGACCCAUUGCAGCUUAAAGGAGCUGAACAGACACAGACCACUGCUUCACUUAGGAAGCAUAAACUUUUAGACAAAAAAGAAAUUUCAAAAAACAGCUAAAGGAAGGCAGUCAGAGAAAAACAUCUGGCAUUAUCACAGCACUGCAGUGCAGAGCACAAUUUCAAAGAAAGCAAAAGGCAUUUUCCUGGGUGCCUUGUCCACAAUAAUAAAUGGCACUUGUUGACAAUGAAAGGAGACAGAGUUUAUUUUAGCCAGGUACAUGUGGCUGGGCAGAUGGGCACCAGCCUUUCAUCUGCCACGCUCAGUUGGUUGCCUUGUAAGCCUGGCCUGCAGCGUGAGUGCUCUGGCUCACUGAAAAGCAGGUGAGAUAAUGUGAGCACUUCCACAUUCCCCCAUCAGAGCCUGUCUUGUUGAAAAGAUGUGACCACAGGGCUGAGUCAGUGCAGUGCAGGGAGGGUUUGUCCCUGCACAAGUGAUCACAGACCUCCUCCCAUCCUCAACUCCCUCUCUAUUCCUUACCCAAGGGAGCUGAACAGAAAGGAUGCCCUAGGAAAACUUGUUUCUAGUCUAUGAAGAAUUCUGUCCCACAGGGACCGGUUCAAAAGCUAAAGAACAUGGUUUGAUGCAUACAAGUAUAAAGCCUCUUUGCUCCUCGGCCAGGACUUCACCCACUCUUCAGGCCCUCCAUUCCAAGUUCUCCAUUCUUGGUCAAUAAUAGGAAUUUAGGGGUUUUUUCCCUUCCUAUCUCUACACUUGUGACUUGUACAUCAUAAAAAAUGUCACUCAGCAAACUCUGGCUUCUGGUCUGCAUGAGUCUGAUUAAAGAUUAGUAAGAAUUUCACAUUCAGAUUUCACAUGCAAAAAUACUUUAGGAAAAUCACAGAAAGACUCUAGUGAUGACAUACUCAUUUCCUGUAAUACAAGUAACAUAAAAACAAAUAAAAACCUUGACCAUAUUUCCUAUUGAUGAACUGUCUCAACAUCAAUGACAUUUUUUUCUGAGUAACUUUUUUUUCUGGGUAACAGCAACUUAAAAGAGGAAAAAACUUGAUUAAGAGAGACCUUUCACAAAGAAAGCACCUGUCUUCCUAAACUGUAAGUGUGAACAUUUAUUGGAUUCACAGUGACAUG